AGAAGAAGCCUCCGUACCUUUCGGACGCACCCGUUAAUCGCGACGACGUCCCCAGUAGCGCAUGCAGUCCGCGUCAAGUCUUCUGAGGAGAGAUCAGCAUCUCCAACCAAACUGCAAUAGUCAACGAAGCCCCGCCUCCUGUAAUUCACAGUCAGUGAAGCUCCGCCCACAGCUACUCCCUAAUAAAUGCUGGACUUUCCCCAUCAGCUUACUAGUGCAGAUGAGCAUCAAAUCAUCAGGAAGAAGUGAAAUCUGCAAAGGGUUUAGGAGGACCGAGAGAACGUGUGAUCCAGAACCCCGCAGAAUGAAACGCACUGAAGAACAGAGAGAAAAUGAAAAGCCUCUGAGUCGCUCGGAAACUAAAAAUAUUUUUUUAAAUAAAAGAAGAGCUGAGAAAUCAUGCACCUGCACUCAGUGUGGGAAGAGUUUCUCAUGCAAAAGCCAUCUUAAUGUUCACAUGAGAGUUCACACAGGAGAAAAACCAUUCAAGUGUGAUCACUGUGGGAAUCGAUUCACACAAAAAGAAAGCCUUAACUUACACAUGAGGAUCCACAUGGGAGAAAAGCCGUUCAAAUGUGACCAUUGUGAAAAAAGAUUCUUAAACAAGCAAUAUCUCAAGUAUCACAAAAGAGUUCACACUGGAGAGAGGCCAUUCAUUUGUGAUCAGUGUGGGAAGGGCUUCAUGCAAUCAUCACACCUUAAAGGACACAUGAAGAUCCACACUGGACAGAAACCGUACGUAUGUGAUCACUGUGAAAAAACAUUCUCUGGGAAACCAAAUCUUGAUGCUCACAUGAGAAUCCAUACUGGAAAGAGGCCGUACGCAUGUGAUCAAUGCGGUAAAACAUUUCCUGAGACAUCAUCCCUGAAGAGACACCUGACAGUUCAUAUGAAGGAGAAGCCUCAUUCAUGUUCUUCAUGUGGAAAGAGCUUUUCCCUGCUGCAAAAUUUAAAAUCACAUCAGAAAUUACAUAACGCUGUGAAGGAUUAUAUGUGCUUUGAGUGUGGGAAGACUUUUAUUAUGGAAAACCGUUUAAAACGGCACCAGAGGAUUCACACUGGAGAGAAACCUUACAAGUGUUCACACUGUGACAAGAGAUUCAGUCUGUCAGCACAUCUGAAAUCACACGAGCAGAUCCACAAUAGAGAGAAGCCACACACAUGUGAUUAGUGUGGAAGGGGUUUCGCUAUGAAAAAUCACCUGAAGCUGCACAUGAAGACCCAUGCAGUAAAGAAACCAGACCACUGUGAUCCAUGCAGGAAGAGUUGAUGUGUGUGUUUGAAGUGCUGGAAGUCAUCUACUACAAAUGCUCAACUGAAAGCACCAAAACAUCACUGUUCAAAAAAACAUUUUAAGUGUUCUUACUGCAACAAGAAAUUAAAUGUGGCAGAAACCCUGAAAGCACAUGAAAGGAUUCACACUGAAGAGAAACCACAUCAGAGACUCGUCAGUGAAAACACAGAUCUGCCCAAUUCAUUUUGUCUUUUGCUUGACUUUUCUAUAUGCUUUCAGUAAAGUUUGAUGAAACAAAUUUUAAACAAUACUCUCACAGUUACAGCAUGAGGAAUCAAAUCUUAUCAAGCAUGUAACCUUUUAGAUUUUAGUGAUCGAAUAAAGAGUAUAAUAGUUUGUAAUUAGACUUUCAUGUGUGUUCUGUCAAUGGAAUAUUCUGUCUUUGUGCAGAAGAUUCUCUCCAGCUGUGUGCUACAUCUUUUUUACAAUCUCUGAAUUAUAAAACACUGCAUUCUGUCAGCAAUGUAACAUGCAGAACUGUAUAGAGACCUCCGCUUAUAACUAUACUCUAAUUAUUAUUUUGACUAUUAUAAUGCAUUAAAUUACUCCGUUACUAAAAAGUAAUCAAAUAACAGUAACGUGUUACUAAGUAAUGCGUUACUGCCCAACACUGUUCAUCUCUUCAUUCAUCAUAUCUGGUCUUUGGAUCAACAACUGUAUUUCCCCUACAGGACUUUGUAUGCUUUAAUUUUCUAAGAGCCUCAUUGUAAAUUAAAAACCAUGUAGGGGAUGGCUUUUUCCCAUAACACACCCAAGUUAUGGAAUGCAUUACCUCUGUUUAUUAGAUAUGUUGCAUAGACUGUUUUAAAAAAACUUCUGAAGACAUUGUUAAUGGAGAUGAGGAUUUUGCAAUUGUACUGUCUUGAUUAAAGCUUAAUUUGCUAUAAACAGAUAUACUGUAACCUAAAUAGUAAUAAUGCUUUUGCUUAAGUACAAAGAUGUAAUCCUGUGAUGAAUGCUAUAUGGAAAAUGUAUUGUGUAACUUCACUAACAUUAAGAAAACUGCUUACUUGCAUGAAAUGUAUGUAGUGACUGAUUUAGAGUAGAAACAUUUAUGUAUUAGAAAUAGUUUUUAUGAUAAAUGGACAAUAUAGUAGCUAAGGUGUAUUUCACAGACGUUUAAGAAGAAAAAAGAAGAGGAAAAGGGCUAAAGCAAUGCGAAGUAAACAACUGAAAGCCUCGGCAGAGGAGUUGAUGACAUCAGAAGAGCCAGCGUUCGACAUCUGUGUAUAAAAGGCUGAGAGAGAGGCUCGAUGGACGG